AACAAGUUGCAUUCUGGGAUCUGAGAUCAGCUGGCCUCCAUCUUGCUUUUUAACCAUACUGGAUAACUGGUCCAUUUAAAAGGAUUUAAUUGGUUUUAAAUAAAACAAUUCCAACAAGAUUUUAAUAUUCAAGAUUCAUAUUGUCAUGCACUCCGUGUCGAUUCCGUGAACUCGCGAUUCGGGGUUUGUUUUGAAGUGAAAUCGAUCUGUCGUCCCAUCGGUAGUCCCUCGUCUAUCCGAUGCUUUAGAGGUCCCCAUUGAGACCACAAACCGAACUCUACCGGCUUUUGAAAUGGGUCGUUCGCGGAGCCGUAGCUCGUCCCGGUCCAAACACUCCAAAGCCAGCAAACACAACAAAAAGCGCAGUCGGUCCCGGGACAAAGAGAGAAAGAGGCGCUCGAAGUCCCGAGAGUCUAAACGGAAUCGGAAGAGAGAGUCGCGCUCCCGCUCCAGAUCGAAUACGGCCACGUCUCGCCGGGAGCGGGACCGAGCCGCGUCCCCGCCUGAAAGAAUUGAUAUGUUCGGACGGGCGUUGAGUAAAAGGAGCGCUGUGGAUGAAAAGCAGAAGAAAGAGGAUGAAGAAAAGAAAUUUGAAAUGGAGAGGCAGAGGAGAAUCCGACAGCAGGAGAUCGAGGAGAGAUUGAUAGAGGAGGAGACGGCUCGCCGCGUGGAGGAGCUGGUGGCCAAACGAGUGGAGGAGGAACUGGAGAAACGCAAGGAUGAGAUCGAAAGGGAAGUCUUGCGACGGGUGGAGGAAGCCAAACGCAUCAUGGAGAAGCAGUUGCUGGAGGAGCUGGAGAAACAGAGACAAGCAGAGCUAGCUGCUCAAAAGGCCCGUGAGGAGGAAGAAAAAUCAAAACGCGAAGAACUGGAGAAGAUUCUGGUGGACAACAAUCGCAAGAUAGCAGACGCUCAAGCCAAACUGGCUGAGGACCAGUUACGAAUCGUUGAAGAGCAGAGGAAAAUCCACGAGGAGCGUAUGAAGUUGGAACAAGAGCGACAGAAACAGCAGAAAGAGGAACAAAAGAUGAUUUUGGGGAAAGGAAAGUCCAGGCCCAAACUGUCUUUUUCUCUCAAGGCCACGGAGUGAUGGAAACAAUGUGCUUUCUCCAGACUUUCUCCAGACUACCUGUCCACGCGAGGGAUUUGAACUGCCGAAGUUCCUUUUCGUAGGUCUUAUGUGGCGUGUUUCAAAUUCUCCGAACAAUGGGAACAAUCAGUUUGUCAUAUCACCUUCAAUUCUCUCCCAUUUUACCUGUCUGUUUUCUGUUACUGACUCUUAGAGUUGAUAACCUCCACAUCGUCUCAUUUUGCGUAUCGCACGAUUGGGGGAAAUGAGGACCGACCGGCCGUCUCAUGCAAUUGUGCAUCUCGGUUUCUUGUCUUAACGAUGUAAGACCACAGUAGAUUUUCCUGACUGAUUUGAUCAAAGUAUUUUUAUUUUUUUAAUAGUUUGUUCAUAGUAUAAUGUACUUUAGAAUCAGAAAUUAUCAGGGUGGUGUCCUAAGCUUGAAGUCUAUGUGUGUAUUUUAAAACGCAAAGUCAACUAUGAACUACACGGUAACCACAAUACACACAGUGACCUCCUUUUUAUUGUUUUACGAUUAAUUCACGAUUAAUGGUUUUACUUACAUUAUGUAAAAGGAUGAUGCUGUAAUAAAAGGUACCUGGUUGUUGCAUGUCAGUGAGACGCUUUUAGAAAAGAAUGAGUGAACGAUUGCAGACUGGAACUUGUUUAUGGUUAAAUAUUUGACCCGGUUAUCACAAAUAUGCCAGAAAUCUCCAAUAAAUCCAUCAAUGUGUCCUGUA